ACACAUGCGCCAUGUCAGUCAACAACAGUUUGCGCGCGCACGCGUAACAACUCUGUUUUUUACCUUAUCCGCCGGUAACUACAUACCGACUCACAGUCACAGUAUUGAUCGGGUCUCCGCCGCGAAACGGCGCCUCGAGGAUGCUAUGCGAUAACGUCCGCGCUUAAUCAGUGUGUGUACCAAGACAUUACCUAUACGGCCCGGAAGGCUUUUAAGGAAAAUGGACGAGUGAGAAGGUGUACAGAGCUCUCUGAAUACAAUUGACGCAAUGUCGAAGAUCCCCAUUGAUAAAAAUGGAAAACUGCGGACCUUAGAGCUUCGGGGCUUUUAUCCCGACCGUUCUAAAGUUAAAACAAUAGAAUCUGUAGAAACGACAAGAGCUACCAACAUUGUCGAACGAUUACGAACUACCGACUCGAAAACGAAAAACGAUGUUAAAGAACAACUCUUUUGUAAGAACUAUGCCUCACUGAUACCAAAAAUGAGCAUGAAUUUAGAAAAGGUAGUGGAACAGAACCCCAGAAUUUUAGACUUGCGAGAAAAAUUAAACGAAAUCACAAAGAAACAAGAUCUUGACGUUGAUAAGAAACGGAAAGCAAUACUAAAUGAUCUAACACAGUUCGUUGAUAAAAAAGAUGAUGAAGAAUCCGGGCCAUACAGCUUGCUCUUUGAUCUUCAACCAAACUCAUCAACAUCGUGUAAAGAAAACUCCGAUCUAUCGUGGGACGGACCUAAGUUCGAACCUAUCGAUUUUUCUUCACCAAACAACCAAAAAUUCAACAGGUCUGCAAAUAAAAGUGCCGAUAGACUACCAAGUGUUUUAAAUUUUGAUGAGAAGCCUAUGAGAGAAUUUGAAUAUUCAUGUGAAAAUGAUUUUAAUUUUCCAGUUAAAAAAACUUUCAAUACCCAUUCAAGGUCUGACUUAUGUUUACAACUAAAGUCGCAUUUACCAAUGCGUCAUGUUGAGUCAAACUUAAGUCCCAGUGAUAAUUCACAAAGUAAAGCUAACGAAGAGAAUUCACUAGACGAUAGUUUGGGUAUAUUGACUCCUGACCAAAUGGACGACAUUUGUUAUUUGGAAAAUUCUUUUUCUCCAACUGUAGAGGGGCUACCAAUAUUCUGUGACACCAACCAGUUAAAGAGCUCUCCAGAUAACGGUGACUCGCCAUCGACAGAUAAGACUGAAAGUAAUUCUGCUGCAUCGACAAUACAAAAUGAAGGAUUUGAAGAUGAAGUAAAUAAUAAGAUAAACGUAUCUCGUGCUCCCAUUAUUACCUUGGAAACCAUAUUAAAUGAAGGAGAUCAUAAUUCACUUUCGCCAUUCGAUAUUUCUCCAGUUGAAUCUGUUUGUGCUCAAGAGUUUUUAAGGCAAGUACCCAGAACUCUAAAUUUAUCCAUCAAAGAAAACUUAUUAGAAAACGAAGAAACAAAUUUAGCUGAAGAAGAAUUUAUGCCUUCAAUUCACAGCAGCAUUUUGGAACCUGUCAGUUCUAUUGCUGAAAACAUAUUAGAAAUUCCAUUGGACUCUAAACAGACAAAUGCUUUAACUUCUAAUCGAAUAGAACAAACACCCUCUCCUGAAGAUUUGCCUCUUGACAGUUCAGAAAUAAAUGGUGAAAUUAGUACUUACUCUCAGUUUUCUGUUUCAACUGUUCACGAUUCACAAACCUAUUCAGAUAGUAAAAACGAAUAUAUGAAGUCAAUGGAAACAUCAAAAGUUUCCAAUAGUUUUAUCACAAGUAUAACAAGUAUCACCAGUUUGGAUGGGUAUCAAGGUGAUGGCGAAAUGUCAAGACCAGUGAGUAGAGGUGCUGACAAUUCAAUGUGCAAUAGAGAAGAUGCAAUAGAAAUGGACUGGCAAAAUGUACCCGUGGCUCGAAGGGCUGAUCCUAUGACCGAUUCUGACUUUUUCACCGAAAGUGACGCUGAUGGUCUCGAAGAUCACAUGCAGCGAGGAGAUCGGAGAGCACAAGUAAUCGAUGGAGCACUGUAUGGGGGGAAGAAUGGUAACGGUUCUCAUCCUCCAUUAAUCGUUAACAGAAAUGAUGACUCCUGUAUGGAGUCAAGUGGUGUUUAUACUGAUUUUGAAAAUCAUCGUUCAUCUCCUGUGUUUUUAAACGUUAUAGAAGAUAUGUCACCAGAGGGGUCGACUUCAUCAGCGCGUUCGGAAUGCAGCCAGAAAAACUUCAGUAACGGAAAAGUCGAUCUUUAUUUUUCACCACUUCAAGAUACUCUUCUAACGGAACAAGGAUUAGAUUUAUCAAAUACCCUUGAUGAUGAAACACCGAAGAAUACAAGCAAAAGAAAUUCUAUCAACAAUGAGAAAGAAAUGAAAUCUAACGAAAAAGCUAAAGAAGAAAAGCGAAGUUUCACCUUAAAAAAAUAUAAAAUGCCGAAACGUGAUGUGCCCAGUAAACUCAAAACUAUGCUAACCAGUAGAAAGAACGACGCUGACAGCGUGCAAAGUAGCCCUAAAGCUACUAAAAAAACGGAUAGACGGGAGAGUUUUUCAAAGAAAAAUUCGUUGGAAAUCAAAACCGACUACAAGAUCAAAUCUUUUAAAGAUAUUAAAUCUAAAGUAGACUGUUCUUUCACUUUGCAACGUUCACAGACUUCUUGUAGUGUAUCAAGAAUGUUAAGUUCAAAAUCAACGAAUGCUAACACCAAACCAAAAAGCAGACAUAUGCGCAUGCGGAUGGAGUUGGGUUCGUCCAAUGGUAGUGGAAAGAGCAGCCUUCACAGUUCUCAAAGCGACAUCAGUGCUACGAGCACGCCCACAGGAAAACACACAACUAGCCGCUUUCCUCUGUUAAGGAACGGUAAGAAGCGGGAUAGCGUCCCGACGCCGACGACCCCGGCCCGCCCUCCAGCCACCCCGCCGCAACCAUCACCCGCACAGACCAAGAAGAAUGGUGUUGUGCAGAAACUAUCUUCGUCUCCGGUGGCAGUGCGUCCUAGAGUAUUAUUACCUGCUCCAGCUGUGCCGAGAAAAUCAACCCCACACCGCGUACCGGCGCAGAGACCGACAACCCUCGCUACUAGCAAAGAGCCACCGCGGGUGACGGCGGCGGUAGGGCCACGAAGCAAGCGAGCGCAAACACCCCAACCGGUCCGCGCUCAGCCACCGCCUUUGCCGGCCACAGUUCCUGUGUCUACAUUGCUACCAUCACAACACGAUCAAGCUGUCGCCCUCGCACAUGCCGCUAAAGGAUUUGAAGCUUUGGGCUGCUUAGUUCAAUACUUGGUGUUUCGGUUGGACGCACUGAACGGCGGAAACUGGCGUCUAGAAGCCGAGCGAUGGCGUGGUGUAGCUGCCGCAGAGCGCAGCAGCGCCGCUCGUGCCGACAGAGAUCGCCAGCAAAGAGCUCAGAAAGACCUCGAUACCAUUGCCGAAUGCUUGAGCAAGAUCUCAGAGCUGGAAGUGGAGGUGUCGUCAAAAGAGGAAGCGAACGCACGCCUCCAAGCUACACAUAUGGAGGAGGUUGCCGCGCUAGCUAACGACAUCAAAGGGCUUAAGGAUACAAUCGAAUCCCUGAAACAUGAAGUCGCAGAAAGCAGAGCGCGAUUGCAUGCGCACGGUGAAAUCGAGCGCACGCUACGGGCACAAUUAGAAGCCGCACGAGCUGAACUCGAACGCGAAGCUCAGUCUCACGACACGUCGUCGGAUCGAUCGCCGGACACGUCAGCCUACUCGUCGUGCGAGAAGUCUUACAACACAUGCGAUGCGGCCUGCGACCCGGUCUCGUGUGAGGCGGAAGACUGCGAAUUGCGAUUAAACGCACAAGAGGAACUAAGUACCGAUGCUAAUGAAUUAGCGGCCGAGGUUCGAUCGCUGCGAGCCGUCAUCGAGUUGAAGCAGGCCGAGAUGGCUUCACUGCGCGAUACGCGGGCAGAACUCGCGUCGGAACGCGAGCGACGCACGGCGGCCGAGCGGGAGUUGCGCGCCGCGCGUCACGCCGCCGAGGAGCUGCGGGAGCGCGCCGCCGCGAGACAACGCGACGUCGAGCGACUACGCGACGACAACAGGAGGCUGCGCGACGCCGCCGCUCGUGACCGGGACCACGCGUCGAGGCUCGCCGCGCUCAAUGAAGAGCUCAGAUACAAGCUCAGACAGAAAUCUCAAGUUAGUAAACUGUAUUUGUUGAACAGUCUUAAAUUAAAAAUUAAUUAUGAAAUUAAUGGUGGU